AUGAUUGCCAACCCCUCCCUUCAACACCAUCACUCACACGAUUCUUCUUCAUCCUAUCGAUCUGGUAGCCGAUCACGACACUCCACCACUCCUCGAGUCCAGCGUACAACAGCAGAACUUGCCGACUUUAACAGCAACCAUAGUUCUACUGCGUGGUCACCUGCGACGGCAACAGCAACAGCGACCGCGCCGACUUCAGAGUCUACACCUCCAGCGUCAGCGGGUCAAACCGCCCACGUGUCGGCCACUGGCGGAGCCUCACGCUUCCCCUCCCCACCCCCGUCCUCAUCGCCUGCUGCUGCUACCGGCCCUGCCUAUGCCGAUGAUGCAAAGAGCUCGUCUAUGGCAUCUGACGCGAGGGACUCUGGUCCCCUAGGUCACGCUUCGCGGUCCGGCCCAGUUUCACAUGCCUCUGCGGCCCAACAGCCAUCUCCCGCAUCCGACGAUUUCCAAAUAUCUAACCAAGCCUAUCCUCUCUCUGACGCACCCUCGCAACCGCCAGAGCAGAAAGUUAUACAUAUACGUGACCUGGCACACAUCCAGAGCCUGGCCAGCGCCGACCUGCUAUCUGGCAAUGGCGGAUCCGGCAUUCUUAACGACCCCCCUCUUCAGCAAAUGAAGUAUGAAAUUAGUGGCAUGCCUAUUGGGGACAUUAUCGAGAUGGUGGCUGCGCUAUUGACAAAGAUCACCACCACCAACGAUCUACAGCACGAUGCAAUGCAGCGCAAUGUUGCUCAUCAGCAACAGGCGAACCAAUCUGGUGAUUCGAGCGGUAGCUCGAUCUCGUCCUUGAACCAUUCUGUUCUCGCAUUUCAUGGCAAGAAUGUCCCUGCCAUUACCAUCCUCAGCUACCUGUCGAGAAUACACAAAUACUGCCCUACCACUUAUGAAGUAUUCCUUAGCCUUCUGGUAUAUUUUGAUCGCAUGACAGAGCGAGUCAAUGAUAUGGUUACGAAAAACGAAGAGAUCCGAAGGCAGACGCAGUCGCAGCAAACAAACGCAAAGACUUCUCAAGAUACUCCGAUGCGCGGCGAGAGCAUGAAUGAUACGGAUGAGAGUGAUUCAGAUCUUGCGGACGAUGACGAUGAGGAAAUGACGGAUGCAGUUCGACAAAGUCGCCCAAGCAGCAACAAGGGGGCUGCUACUCCUACCGAACAUCCUGCCAUUGCUGCUGCAACCUAUUUUGUUGUUGAUAGCUUCAACAUCCAUCGUCUCAUCAUCUCUGGCGUGACGUGUGCAAGCAAGUUCUUCUCGGAUGUCUUUUACACCAAUUCGAGAUAUGCCAAGGUUGGUGGAUUGCCGCUGGUUGAAUUAAAUCACCUCGAACUCCAAUUUCUUCUCCUCAACGACUUUCGUCUCGCAGUUCCAGUGGAAGAUCUGGAAGCGUACGCAACCAUGUUGGUCGAGUUUUAUGCCCGGGAAGUGGUAGCCAAGCAGGCGGGAGCUGGGAGUACCGAGUGA